CAAGAACAAGUUUUUGGUCAGGGCGAAACAAGUUGAAGACAGGGUUUACAUCUGGGUCGCAUUUCAUGGAGCACCACAGGACGGUUGUAAAUAUAUGGCAACGAUUAAGUUUGACUUCCCUGAUGAUGACGAUGAUUGUCGUAAAAUCCAAGAAAAUGGUGGAGAUAUGAAAUUUUCUGGAAUUGUCCAAGCUACGACUCGUAUGACCGUAGACGACGUUGAAAAAACCGACGCUUACCUAGACAUGUGCGGCCAUGAUAUAGAGAACAAUUUGGGACAAGAAAUCGUCAGAAGACAACGAGUAAAUAGUUGGGGAGUAAAUGUUAACAUCUCCAGGAGCUAAAAAUGUAUUCUUUUUUUGUGUAAUAAUUUACAUAUGUAUGUACAUACUCCUGUAAAAAAUCGUACUGAGUUUUUUUCCCAAUACGUCAAGUCUGACAAAUCUGAACGUAUCUAUUUUACUGUGUGUAUUAUGCAAAUUCAGUUCCUCAAUGCACAUAAAAUAUGCAAAUAAAAAUGACGGGUUUACAUAUAAGUGACGAUUGAAUGUUUCAAAUCAUAGGUUAUUUCCAUUCGAAAUCUGUAAAUAUGUACAUUUGUGCAGAAUGCAGAUAACUAAUACAUUCAUGUAAAAUCAUUAUCAUUCUGGACUGAAUUAGAGGUUUGGUAAGCAAUGUGUGAAUUAUUUGCUUACUUCGGACGACUAUGCACGUAUGUAUGUCAAUUACUAUGUAAAAUGUUGUACAUUAACUAUUAGGGAGUCAAUUAUAAUCAUAAAACAUUGUCGCCGUCUGCAUUAUUUAAAUGAAAUGAAGUAUGGUAGAAUUGAUAAGUUAUCAAAAUAAUCAUUAAAUUCUUAGAUAAUCCAUUUUAUCCAUGUACAUAUGUAGUCAUUUAUGUAUAUUGAAUUUUAUUUUGCUUCUCUUCUUGCUAGUUGAACACAAAUAUUAUUAAUUAAUUUUGCGAUAAUUUUUCGCGUUUUCUUACGCAUACCUUGAUAUCGAACUGUAUUUGAAAUAUUGACAAAUAAAGUAAAGAUUUCCUCGUUUUCCCCUAAAUCUUCUGUGUAAUCUAAUUAAUUAUUAAUUAAUUCAUUAUUUACAGUCCUUCUAAUAAUCAUGGAUUUUGAAAAAUUUGAGGAAAUAUUGAUUUGUCCAAUCUGCCAAGAAAUAUCCUCCACUCCAAUUUAUCAAUGUACCAAAGGUCACAUUCUUUGUCACAUUUGCAUUCCCAAAGUAUCAGAUUGGCUCUGCCCCACAUGCAGAACAGCACUCCCGAAGGAAAAUAUUCGUGCCUUGGGAUUGGAACAAUUGGCAAAUUCGAUUGAAGUUAAAUGCAAAAACUGGAAACGAGGAUGCCAUGCCACAUUUAAAAGUAAAGACCUCAAGGAACAUUUACAGGCUUUCAACUGUGAUUAUGAAAAUUUCAGUUUGUGUGAACAAUUCGGAUCAAAAUGCACAGUUGGUGUGUUAUUCGUUGAAUUUAAAGAGCACUGUUUUGAGUCACACAUAAAUCAAACCAACACAAUGUCUCACGGCAAAAUUUGUAAUAUUGAACAGUCCGUAAAAUGGGGGGAUUUGGCUGAUGCUGAAAAUACAUGCAUCGUUUGGGAACCUUGCCAUAUUGUUAUUGAAAAUCAAGUCCAUGUCCUACUCUCCAACUAUAACGGGUCUCACAAAUUAUUUCAGUGGGUAAUUUUAACAUUGCCAGCUUCCGGGAAACAUGCCGAUGCAUCAUCGUUAUAUAAAGUGGACAUCACAAUUGAGCCCCGUCUUGAAAACGACAUUCUUUCUAAAGUUAAGAAUACUUGGUGUGGCGAAAACUUGGAUUUUGCAAAAUGGAAAAAUCUUACAAACUUGGAAAUAUGUGACCCCACUUCGACAUGCUUUGUACCUUUACGAUUCUUGGCUGAUUUCUCAGGAAAAACGGUUGAUCGAAAUAAAUUAAUCAAAUGGAAGUUAUCAGUGGUCAUUUAUUCGUCAACUAUGGAAAGAAAAUGUGAUGUGGCCUUGCAAAAUUCAGUAUCUUCAGUUUCGCAGUCCGUCUUGAAUAAGAGGAGCGAUAAUGCCGUGGUGGAGUCAAAUUCUUAUCAUAAAGUUAAUGGAGAUACAGGCGAAUCCCUCAGGUUCGAAAUUUUUGAGGGAAGCACUUGUGACUUCUGUGGCAAAACUCCAAUCAAGGGGGUUGUCUAUGCAUGUACGGAAUGCCAAGAUUUUACUGCUUGUGAGCCUUGUACAAAACAAGGCUUACAUAAUGAACAUAUCCUUAUACGUAAGAAAUAUUCAGAAAUCAGGAGAAACGAGAACCAAGACAUUGGAAAUAGUAGUGCCACAGGAGCCGUGGUCCACCAAGCAACUUGCGAUGUUUGUGGGUUCGAGAUUCUUGGAGUUCGGUAUAAAUGUUGUUGCUGUCUUGAUCUUGAUAUUUGCGAAAAAUGUGAGGACAAAGGAUGUCAUGAUCAUCACUGGUGCCUCCGCACAGUUAAAUCAGACCGAAGAAAAUUAGUCAAUGCGAUUUCUACCGUUUCGAAAGAUAAUGCGAUACAAAAUUUUCAUAAUGUUGCUCUUAAACGUGGAUAUCGUCGUGUGAACUUGUCUUAAGUAUGCAUAUAAAACGAGCCAAUUGAAGGUCUAGUUAGUUAGGGAGCUAUUUGCUGCGUACACAAAAAAACUUAUAUGGAUAAGCACAUAUUUUCAAACCUACAUUUGUGAUACAUUAAUAAUCAUAAUUAUAAAUAAUAGAUUCUUACGGUGGUGGAUCUGACUCUACCAUCGGUAACAAGAGGAGUUUAACUUAAAUUUCUUAUUAAUUUUCCAUAUUUCUAGAAAAUUCAAAAUAAUAGUCAUACAUAAGAAGCAAAUUGUGAUGCUACAUUAAAGGCAUUCUAUACACAUGUCAUAUUAUAUUUCAUAUUACAUAAUAACCUGUAAGAAUCACUCGCCAACUUCUAAAAAUAAUACAAUUAAUAAAUUCAUGAACAUGUCA